AAGACAGCGGUCACGAUCACGAUUCGAGACUGUAGCCCCACCUAUAAUGUUGCUGGGACUCGCAGUGUAUCAUCAUGUGAGAUUUGCCGGCAUAAUUUCCUCUGAAAGGUCCCACUGUGACCUUCUUUUUCCUCCUCCAUAUUCUUCACAAAACUCAUUUUUCUCGAUUCGGAGCUGCAGCAGGAUGGCCAACGUGAUAGCAUUCGCUUGCCUCCUGGUCGUCGCCAUGGACGUACUCGCCGGAGUUCUCGCUAUCGAAGCAGAAGCUGCUAAGAACAAGCAGGCGCAGAAGAGUAGCAAGAGCUUAGCCUGCAAAGAAUUGAGGAACCACUCGUUCGAGCUCGCGCUGGCGGCCACGGUGCUCCUCGCUCUCGCCCACGUCUCCUCGAAUCUGCUCGGAGGGUGCAUCUGCAUUUGCUCCGUUGAUGAGAUCGAGCAGUCCUCCUCCAACAGGCAGCUCUGGUUCGCUUGUCUCGUCUCCUCUUGGAUCGUCGCAGCCGUUGGAUUCCCGAUGCUGGUCUUCGGCAUGUUAGAGAACUUGAAAUUGCAAGGGUCGUGCAGGUUCUUGCAUCCGCAUUUCCUGUUGAUCGGCGGGGGUCUAUGCUUUGUUCAUGGCCUCUUAUGUAUAAUUCUGUACGUCUCUUCAGUUGUCAGCUUCAAGAGAGACAAGGCUGGCGGACGCGAAGCUCGCCCUCGAUAGAAAACCGCGUUAGAUGUGUACAUUUGAGAUUCGCUAGUUGUAGUUUUUUUUUUUUUUUUUUUUUUGGUCAAUGCUAGUUGUAGUUUACAUCAAUUGCAAUUACACCUAAUUGCCUCCUCAAUUUAUAUAUAAUGGAGGGCUUGUACUCUUCAUUUGGUAAUGUGAAUACAUUACAUUAAUCCUCUUUGACAACGAGUAAUGGCAGAUGAGUUGCAAGUUUUAGACAAA